GAAGCUUAAUUUUGCGCCAGAGGGGGGAAAUGCUAUGACUCACGCGUGCGUGCGUAUAUAAGGGGAUAGGCGAUUCACGCACUAAUAAAUAAAUUAAAAAUGAAACAUUCUUGAGGGAAAAAAGGUCACUGGCGCGCUACUGGAUGUAAUUUGUCUCGAUGUCGUUGUUCCGGUGUUGUUGGCUUUGAACUGUCUUGCGUCUCAGAACGUUGGGUGGAUAGAGAACUGUAAUUCGGUUGUUUGGUCGUAGUUUCUCUCGACACGACAACCUGUGCACCCGCAGACGGUAAGAAACCGGUUGGAUAUUUCCGUUGAGAAUCUGAUAAGAGUCCCGGAGCGCACGGGAAUAACGGAGGACUAAUGGCCACGUCUGAACCGACAGCCACUGGCGGGGACCAGGACCCCAACUCUGCCAAUUUACGACCUUCAUCUACAAACUAUGACGCGUGGAUGCAAGGCUGCACGCGGAAACUGGGUUUGAAGAUCUGUGGGUUCCUGCAGAAGAACAACAGUCUUGGGGAGGAAGGCCGGCUCGCAGGCUCACUCUCAGAACGCCAGAAGAACCUGUACUCCUGUGACAACAGCGACCGGGAUGCCCGUUUCCGCCGCACUGAGACCGAUUUUUCCAACAUGUUCGCGAGAGAUUUACUUCCCGCCAAAAACGGAGAAGAGGCGACUAUGCAGUUCUUGUUGGAACUUGUGGGCAUCCUCACCAACUACGUCAGGAAUACGUUUGACCGUUCCACCAAGGUUCUGGACUUCCACCACCCUCACCAGCUGCUCGAGGGCAUGGAGGGAUUCAACCUCGAGCUCUCUGACCAGCCAGAGUCCCUCGAGCAGAUCCUCGUGGACUGCAGGGACACGCUCAAGUACGGCGUGCGAACAGGUCAUCCACGGUUCUUCAACCAGCUGUCCACGGGGCUGGACAUCAUUGGGCUGGCUGGGGAGUGGCUCACCUCCACAGCCAACACCAACAUGUUCACCUAUGAGAUUGCUCCAGUGUUUGUCCUGAUGGAGCAGCUGACGUUGAAGAAGAUGAGAGAGAUGAUUGGCUGGCCCUCGGGAGAGGGGGACGGCAUAUUCUCACCAGGGGGCGCCAUCUCUAACAUGUACAGUGUGAUGAUUGCUCGCUACAAGUACUUCCCAGAGGUCAAGACCAGGGGCAUGUCUGCCGCUCCCCGCCUGGUGCUCUUCACAUCAGAACAUAGCCACUACUCUAUCAAGAAGGCCGGGGCAGCUCUGGGCUUUGGCUCUGAGAAUGUGGUCCUGCUGAGCACAGAUGAGAGGGGGAGAGUUAUUCCUGCUGAUCUAGAAGCUAAGAUCCUCGAUGUCAAGCAGAAGGGUUACCAUCCUCUGUUUGUGAAUGCUACAGCUGGUUCUACAGUCUACGGAGCAUUUGACCCCAUCAAUGAGAUCGCUGACAUCUGUGAAAAAUACGACAUGUGGCUGCACGUAGACGGUGCAUGGGGAGGUGGUCUUCUGAUGUCCAGGAAGCAUCGCCAUAAGUUCAGCGGAGUAGAGAGGGCUAACUCUGUCACGUGGAAUCCUCACAAGAUGAUGGGAGUGCCUCUACAGUGCUCCGCCAUCCUAGUCAGAGAAAAGGGUAUUCUGGCAGGCUGUAACUCGAUGUGUGCUGGGUACCUGUUCCAGCCCGAUAAACAGUAUGAUGUCAGCUAUGACACGGGAGACAAGGCCAUCCAGUGUGGCCGACACGUUGACAUCUUCAAGUUCUGGCUCAUGUGGAAGGCCAAGGGCACUAUAGGGUUUGAGCAGCACAUUGACAAGUGUCUGGACCUGUCUCAGUACCUCUACGACAAGAUCAGAAACAGACAGGGAUACGAGAUGGUGUUCCAGGGAGUGCCCCAGCACACCAACGUGUGUUUCUGGUACAUCCCACCCAGUCUGAGAGGCUUGGAACACAACAGUGAGGAGUAUCGAGAAAAACUUCACAAGGUGGCACCCAAGAUCAAGGCAAUGAUGAUGGAGUCAGGGACGACCAUGGUGGGCUACCAGCCUCAGGGCCAGAAGGUCAAUUUCUUCCGCAUGGUCGUCUCCAACCCCGCAGCCCUCCAGUCAGACAUUGACUUCCUCAUUGACGAAAUCGAGAGGCUGGGGCAUGACCUGUAAACAGUGCCACCCCAGUGGGCAGACGCCAAAACUGUAGUUUUCAAUGUUUUACCUGUGACCAUAAGAAUCGGCUCUGAGAUAAAAACAAUUUGAGCUGUUCUUGAUUUGUCCUAAACAAUUCUCUCCAUAGGUAGAAUGUGUAAACCAGAGCCUUCAUGGUGUGGUGGGUACACACUGCGAUACUACAUUUUUACUAACGUGUGUAGAGUCCUGUGUUGUGUGUUUGUGUUCUAGUCCGUCAGUCGUCCAGUAAUCAUCUGUCUAUCUGUGUUGUACAGAGGAUUCAUAAGAGGAACCAUGGUAACGUAACACAGGGAAACCAUCUACAUCUGUGUGUGUGUGUGUGUGUGUGUGUGUGUGUGUGUGUGUGUGUGUGUGUGUGUUUGUGUGUUUGUGUGUUUGUGUGUGUGUGUGUGUGUGUGUGUGUGUGUGUGUGUGUGUGUGUGUGUGUGUGUGUGUGUGUGUGUGUGUGUGUGUGUGUGUGAAUACAAAGAAAUGCUUGAGAGCACAUAUAGUAUAGUGUACACAUUUUGCCCCCAGAACAGCCUCAAUUCGUCAAGGAAUGGACUCCACAAGGUGUCAAAAGCGUUCCACAGGGAUGUUGGCCCAUGUUGACUCCAAUGCUUCCCACAGUUGUUUCAAGUUUGCUGGAUGUCUUUUCGGUGGUGGACCAUUCUUGAUUUACACGGGAAACUAUUGAGUGUGAAAAACCCAGCAGCUUUGCAGUUCUUGACACAAACAGGUGCGCCUGGCACCUAAUACCAUACCCUGUUCAAAGGCACCUAAUACCAUACCCUGUUCAAAGGCACCUAAUACCAUACCCUGUUCAAAGGCACCUAAUACCAUACCCUGUUUAAAGGCACCUAAUACCAUACCCUGUUCAAAGGCACCUAAUACCAUACCCUGUUUAAAGGCACCUAAUUCCAUACUCUGUUCAAAGGCACCUACAUCUUUAGUCUUGCCCAUUCACCCUCUGAUUGGCACUCAUACACAAUCCAUGUCUCAAUUGUCUCAACGCUUAAAAAUCCUUAUUUAACCCGUCUAUUCCCCUUCAUCUACACUGAUUGAAGUGGAUUUAACAAGUGACAUCAAUAAGUGAUCAUAGCUUCACCUGGAUUCACCUGGUCAGUCUGUCAUGGAAAGAGCAGGUGUUCUUAAUGUUUUGUACACUCAGUGUAUUGUGAUAUUAUGAUAUACGAGAUACUUCAUUUGAGUUCAGUGUAUAUAGGAUCAUUCUAGAGCCAGAUGUACCAACUCUAAGCGUUAAACCUUGAACUCCAUUGUGUGUUUUGUGGUGGUGUGUGUGUGUGUGUGUAACAGUGUGUGUACCCUGUGCUGUAACCUAACGCUGUAUUGACCUUUGAACUAUGACCUUAGUGUUAACUGUCAGAUGACGUUGCCCCUGUAUACUGAUCUAAGGUCACUGUUAUGUUUUUCUGCCUUAUGGUUAAUAUUUGGGUUUGGGGGAGGGUGAGCUGAUCCUAGAUCUUUGUCUAAAAGCGACUUCUACUUGCAGCGUGUAAAAAACGGUCUCCUUGCGCGUGUGAAACAAGCCUACAGUAUGGGUCAGUGCUAUCCGGGUUCAUUGGGAUGUCCCUACCCCGUACCCUAACCUUAACCAUAACCCUUACCCAAUCCUAAACCUUUACUUAACCAUUUAAAAGUUCUACUUCAAUGGGGUAAGGACGUUCCAAGUAUCCCGGAUAGCAUGGACCAAACAGUAUGUGACCAUUUUUGCAAAUGUUUAAAUACUAACAUGAUAAUGAUAUAUAUAAAUAUGCUUAAUUUAUAGCAUUACGAGUGUUUUAAAAGUCAGGUAUUGUCUUCCAUUUGUAUGAGUAUCUUUGAUUGAUAUUCUAUAGCCUCUAUGUGUUCUGUAGAUUCUGAUUAGUAAUGUCAUUAAUCAAUUAUAUUAUAGUGAAUUUGUGAGCCAAAGAAAGUGAAUGUUUUGCAGUGAUCAGAUUGUCUGUAUGAUACUUACUUAUUAUGAGAUUAUAAAGAAAUAGAUCUUGUCUGACAGGAAUAUAAUUACAUUAAUGUAAUAUACUAAAUUAUACUGUCUGUAUUAUAUACCUUCAGUGUUUUGGGAACUCAUUGGGAAAUCAAAGAGUUUCAGUUCGUGUCUUUGCACAAUACUAUCCUUCUUUAUUUAUUUCAUUUUAAAUGGAUAUGUAUUGCAGUAAGUUAAGAAUUAUGUCAUUAUAAAUAUAUCUUUAUGGUAUGUAGGAACCAGCUAAAUAAACUGCACAAUGACCUAAAUCAUGUGACCAAUUUGGAUGUGUAUGAAGCCGUAGUGGGAGGUUUGUCAUUAGGAAGGUACAGUAGGCACUUUAACUCACAAUCAUGCAAUGUUGCAGCUCCAAUAAAGUCUAUGUCUGUUGUUUCAA